AUGUGCUCAGACUGUGCUGCUCACGUUCUUUCUUGCUAUGCACUUGCUGUGACUAUGCUCGUAUGGCAGGAGGAGCAGCGCAAGGGGGCGAUAGUGGAGGCACUCACACACUUCUCGGUGCUCUCGGCCAAUGCCAUGGCGACAGGUGUCACCACCACGCGCAUGCGCCUGCAGCUCAUGAAAAAAUACUCAGAAGUGCAGGACUUUUGGUUGACAGAGGAGGAUGUGAACCCAUCAGCACCGCCUACAAUCCAUCCCGACCUGCUUCAUUACAUCGUCACACACGAUCCCCGCCUCUCCCCCUCCCGCUCCACCCGCCCCUCCACCUCCUACCCCCCCAACGCCUCCUCCCCGCCCCUCUCCCCCUCCUCCUCCGCCUCCCCCCCCAACACUCCCCCCCCUCGCUCCCUCACUCACUCUCGCUCGCUGGCGGAUGGGCGGACAAGGGGGAGGAUGGAGGGAGAGGAGGGAGAAGUGGAAGUGGAAGGAGGAAGGGAAGAGGAGGAGGGAGGAAAUGGAGGGGAGGAGGGAGGAGGAGAAGGGGAGGGGGAUGCGAUGGGGUGGGUGGGGCGGUGCAAUCAGGCGAUGGGGUGGGUGGGGCGGUGCAAUCAGGCGAGGGGCGGUGCAAUCAGGCGAUGGGGUGGGUGGGGUGGUGCAAUCAGGCAAGGGGUGGGUGGGGCGGUGCAAUCAGGCAAUCUCGGUCAAACCCGCUCCCUCGAAGUCCAACUUUCUUCCCUUCAGGCCUCUAGUUUUGAGGUGCCUCGGGAAUAA